AUGUCAAGAUUUUUCAAAUCAGCAGUGGGUAAAGUAUCCUUAGCUUUGGGUGCAGCCGCUGGAGGUACCAUUAUCUAUUUAGAUUUUAUCCAACCUAAGAAACCAGCCCAAAUUGCUACAUCCUACAAACCAUUAAAGAAAGAUUACCCAGCCCCACCAACUCGUGAAGAGUUGGUAUCUAGGUUAACACCAGAGAAGAAGUUUGAUGUGUUAAUCAUUGGUGGUGGUGCCGUUGGAUCUGGGUGUGCUGUUGACGCAGCCACUCGUGGUUUGAAUGUAUGUUUAUUGGAAAAGACCGAUUUUGGUUCUGGUACAUCUUCUAAAUCAACCAAGAUGGCUCAUGGUGGAGUUAGAUACUUGGAAAAGGCCAUUUUCCAAUUAUCAAAAGCCCAAUUGGAUUUAGUCAUUGAAGCUUUAAACGAAAGAGGUAACAUGUUGAGAACCGCUCCUCAUUUAUGUUCGGUUUUGCCAAUCAUGAUUCCAGUUUAUACUUACUGGCAAGUUCCUUAUUUCUUUGCUGGUUGUAAAAUGUAUGAUUGGUUUGCUGGUAAACAAAAUUUGAGAAAUUCCACCAUUUUCAGUAAAGAACAAGCUGCUGCUAUUGCUCCAAUGAUGGAUGUAUCUAACUUAAAAGCUGCAUGUGUUUACCAUGAUGGUUCAUUUAAUGACACGAGAAUGAAUGCUACCUUGGCCAUCACUGCUAUUGAAAAUGGUGCUACUGUAUUGAAUUAUUUCAAUGUUGAUCAAUUAUUGAAAGAUGACAAGGGUAAAUUGUAUGGUGUUAAAGCCACUGAUUUGGAAACCCAGAAACAAUACGAUUUGAAAGCUACUUCAAUCAUCAAUGCUACUGGACCUUUUGCUGACAAUAUUUUGGAAAUGGAUGAAGAUCCUCAAGGGUUACCACCAAAGACUAAACAAAAGCCAAGAAUGGUUGUUCCAUCCAGUGGAGUUCACAUUGUUUUACCCGAAUACUACUGUCCACAAAAUAUUGGUUUAUUAGAUCCAUCAACUUCAGAUGGAAGAGUCAUGUUCUUCUUGCCAUGGCAAGGAAAAGUUUUGGCAGGUACUACUGAUACUCCAGUUAAAUAUGUUCCAGAAAACCCAAUUCCAACUGAAGAAGAUAUUCAAGAUAUUAUCAAUGAAAUGCAAAAAUACUUGGUUUUCCCUAUUGAUAGAACUGACGUGUUAUCGGCAUGGUCCGGUAUUAGGCCUUUGGUUAGAGACCCAAGAACUGUGCCUAAGGGACAAGAAGAUUCCGGCUCAACUGAAGGUUUGGUCAGAUCGCACUUGUUGUUGGAAUCAGAUUCGGGUUUAGUCACUAUUUCUGGAGGUAAAUGGACCACUUAUAGAGAAAUGGCCCAAGAAACUAUUGAUUACGUAGUUAACCAUUUUGAUUUUGCUGGCAAGAACCUUAAACCAUGUCAAACUAAUCAAUUGAUUUUGAUUGGUGGUGAUGAUUACUCCAAAAACUAUUCGGCCAGAUUAAUUCACGAAUACAAGAUUCCAUUGAAAUUGGCCAAGCAUUUAUCGCACAACUAUGGAUCUCGUUCAGCUAUGAUUUUGGACUUGUAUGCUGCCAGUGAUUACAACAAGUUGCCAAUCACUUUAGCUGCCAACAAGGAAUUCAUUCCAAGUUUAGUAGAAGCCUCACCAGAAAACCAAUUAAGUUACCAAUCAUUUGAUGAACCAUUCACCAUUGCUGAAUUGAUCUAUUCUUUGAAAUACGAGUACCCAAGAACUCCCGUCGAUUUCCUUGCUAGAAGAACUAGAUUAGCAUUCUUGAAUGCCAGAGAAGCUCUUUCUGCCGUUGAUGGAGUUGUUGAAAUCAUGAGUCAAGAAUUGAAAUGGGACGAUGACACCAAGGAGAAGAUGAGAAAGGAUGCCGUCAAGUAUAUCGGUAAUAUGGGUAUUUCACCAAAGAAGUUUGACGUUGAAGAAUUUACUGUCCAAUAA